AUUUAUGUUUAUAAUUUAGAGUUUUCGGUUUAUAUUGUUUUUAAAUGUUUGUUUAUCAAUAACAAGAUUGCAGACAAUCUGUGUAAUGUAUUGUAAAUAGCGCAUGAAUUGUGAAACCGAAAGGAAAGUUAAUAACUUUUACAGUAACAAAUCAAACAAAACUUUUCACAUAAGCAAUACGAAUAUGGAGCGAAUUGAAGAAGCAGCUAGGCAAUGGCUUGAAGAACACAAAAAGGAGUACAAUUCGUGUGACUUUGAAAGAAAAGAUUAUGAUUUUAUUUUCACAUUUUCAACUGACACUGACAAGUCUAGUGGUGUAACAUGUUCAUUUAGUGUAACGUGUCCAGACUCUGAUGAUGGUUUAUGGUCAGUAUGGAGUGAAGAUUCAAGUCUACAGCCACAUUUAGGUGUAAUACUAGAAUUUUGUGACUCAAAGAGACAGAAAACAAUCCAGGAAAUACUAGAUAAGAUCAAUUCAGUGUUACCUUUGGUAUUAAAUAAAAGUAAGCCAGUAACAGAAGAUAAAGAAGAAAUGGAAGAAGAUGAUGAUUAUGACGUUGAUGAUGAUGACGAUGAUGCCAAUUUUUAUGAUUACAAUGAUGAUGUAGAAGAGGAAUCUGCAGUAAGAAAUAAAACACCUGAAGAAGUAAGUUCAGAAGAAGAUGAUGAGAGAUUUUUUGGAGGGAAGACAAAUCCAACUGCAUUCCAGAGACUUGUUAAAGACUUGAAAAAUAUGAAAAAAGAGGCACACAAAUUUGGUAUAGAAGGAACACCAAGGGGAGACAAUCUAUUUAUAUGGGAUGUGAAGUUAACUGGUUUUUCUGCAGACACUACAUUAGGGAAAGAUAUAAAAAAGUGGGCAGAAAAUCAUAAAAGAGAGCCAGUGGUUUAUUUAGAGAUGCAGUUUCCUGGUGACUAUCCGAUGGCCCCACCAUUUGUAAGGGUCACACGGCCAAGAUUCAAAUUUCUCACAGGUCAUGUUACCAUAGGUGGCAGUAUAUGUAUGGAAAUGUUGACAAAAUCUGGCUGGACACCAACCAAUGACAUAGAG